CUGCAAAGCUAGUCGGGACAGGCAGGACCUCUGCGUUUUUGAUCAUGGAAGGUUCCACCAUUACUUUGGAUGGAUCGAUCGGCCUGGUGGUGGAGUUUUUCAACUAUAGCGUGAACAGUAUUCUGUUCCAAAGAGCCGUUUAUCCUCCAGAAGACUUCACGGUCAAGAAGAAAUAUGGACUCAAUAUUUUGGUGACCAUCAACGACGAGCUUCAGCUGUACAUGAAGCAAGUGUGUAGCCAGCUGGAAGCGUGGUUGACGCCAGGCAAGAUUAGCAAAUUGGUUCUAGUCAUUAAAGAUAAAGACACAGCAGAGGUCGUGGAGCGAUGGCAGUUUGAUAUCCACGUACAUGAUAAAUCAGAUCAAGCCGGGGCAAUGACGAUGACCACCACUAAGUCGCCAGAAGAGAUCUAUAAAGAAAUACAAGCUAUCAUGCGACAAAUUACCGCCAGUGUCACAUUCUUGCCGAUCCUUGAAGAUAAAUGUACAUUUAAUAUCCUGGUGUAUGCCGAUGAAGAUGUGCAAGUCCCAACCACAUGGGAAGAUAGCGAUCCCAAUCUUAUUGCUGGUGGUGGAGAGCACGUCAAGCUGCGAUCAUUCGAUACAUCAAUGCACAAAAUAGACGCUCUGGUUGCCUAUCGCGUUAUGGACGAUGCCUAACCGUUGUCCAACCAACACCUGUAGAGUAUAUAUACACACGACACAACCAAGACAAACAGGCCAUAUGAUGUAAAAAAACGAAAAGCGAAUAAUAAAACAGACACACAAACACAUGGGACGACAU